AGAUAAGGAAAGGAAAUAAGAAAAACGGGAAAAGAUUAAUAAUAAAUAAAGGAAGAAGGAAAGAAAAAAAUAGAUAGUGGAAAGGAUGGCGUCGAGGAGGAACGAGGAAACGAGGCCACGUCCUGCUGCGUGUGCAAGGUAUUCGAGGUUAAAUGCGGAUGGUGACGACGACGGGGCUGACCAGUGAUUUUGAUUUGAUUAGCAGCUUCAUCGAGUCAGGCUCCGGCGGUCUGAUUGGAUUUGUGGUUGGGCCUAGAUUUGGCAUUAAGAAGGAUGGGUUGGGCUCUCACCGGUCUCGGUGUCGGACUGGUCAUUGUCGUCGUCGUUGGUGCUGCUUUAGCUCUCUGCAGAAGAUAUUGCAUUGGCUGGCAAUGGGGUACUAGAAAUAUUUGGAGUAUAUGCGAAGAAUGGAGACAGAGAUUAUCAUGGUUAUGGGCACCACGAGAAGAAAAGGUUGGUCUUGUAAAAGCUCAACAUCCAACGGCACAAACUGUACCAGGUUUAUAUCGACAAACUGGUAAUCCUUCUGAACAUUUGUUGCACAGUGAUAGUGAUUUGAGAUUGGAUGCACAAGGAGCCUUUACACGAUUCGAAGCUGUGGACAGAGAUCUUCAUCCACCACUUGGUACCGGAAGUAGUAGCACUAUACCACCUCAGCCAUUAAGGCCAGCACCUCAACCAAGAGCAACAUCUCGUCCAAGACCGUCUCCACUUCAAACUCCUAGCACUGUCGAUUAUCUUCGUAUGCAGGAGUCUGAUCCUGGUCCUUUGACACCACCACCACCCUUGCAAAGAACAAUUUCAUCUAGAGGAACAGCAGCCUCGGUUUUCGUCUUCCAAAACGAACCGGUCAAGAAUUAUGGUAUUUUCAAAGCACCUAACGAUCAUUCGGCCUUUAGAUUCGAUGGGGAAGGUAAUACGGGAAAGAUGUUGCAAGAAAAUAUACAAAUGACAUCUUAUAAUAUGCAAAAUCAUUCGGAUACGAGAUUAGGAAGAUACGAUAUAACCGAAGAAAGAAUAAAAGAAACUUACGAUCCAAGGUGUAAUCCUUAUAGACAAUUUGAGACAAAUAAUAGAUACAAUGUUCAUAAUACACCUAUCGCAUCUCUCGAUGUUAAAACUACUAAUGACGAUAAGACAUAUCCCGGUUAUGACGUCGUACAAAGAAACCAUCAAUUGAGGCAACACGUUAGAAAUGAUUCGAGAGGAUCGGCUAAUAGUUUUGGUUUGACGAAUCAUACCAAUUCAACCAGCCAAACUAUCAUGGAAUCUAUUUAUGGGCCUCAGACCCUAUGCAAGAUGCUACAAAAUGCUCAAAAUUUGGAAAACGAAUUGGAUCGAAGGAACAACGAGGUUGCUCAAAGUAUUGAAAUGACACCAUUCAGAAGUUCAACGAUUCAAGAUGACGUUGGCACGUCUUAUCUGUAUCAUGAUAAUUCCUCGAAUACUGGUCUUCAAAGAGUCUCUCAAUAUAUUCAAAGUCUACCUGAUCAUCCUGCCUUCGAUACGAUCAAUGAUCACACGUCGAUCACUCAUCAAGAUCAAGAACAAAUACUUUAUGCUGAUGCUAUGCAACCUCAAAUGAAUUCGUCUAAAAUUAACAACAGCGAAUCUGCAUCGAGUCCUAUACCACCACCACCUGCUCCACCUGAUCCUCCUACUGACGUUCUCAAAAAGAAUGGACCUACUACAGGUGAAAGGAUUUUCAAUGCACUUAGAUCGGUUACCUCGCAAAGUUACAUCGAUGCCUCGGAAUUUUACAAUUCCGUUCUAUCGUCAGCUCAACAAGUUCAACGAUUUACCUUCUCGAGAUCGCCAAGUAUGGUGAACGAGAAUACAGGAAGUCGUUUACAGAACGAGGUACGUGACAUAUACACUGAAACCGAUUCGGACGCCAUUGGCCUUGAUGCUUCCAGACGUAGUUCCGAUCUUUACAGCCCCGAGCUAAACUUGGAAGCUCAUAGAACUGCUCAGGAAGUAUAUUACAGCUUACAGGAUCCACCAUCUUCGCCUUUAUUGUUGAAGGAUCAUAAUCAUGAAUCCUAUACGUUCAUGUCUGAUCCAAGCUUCACUAGAACCUCCGAAGAUAUAUUUAAUAGUUUAGAACAGAGAAGGAAGAGUAUAGAGAGACUGAAUGGUAUUCACGAGUUUGUAGAACAUGAAACUUCCGAUACUCAAAGACGGCGGAAUAGUCAAGAACUUUAUGCAGUUUUGGAAAACGUUCAAAUAAAAAGAAGAUUAUCACAGCAAAGUCUCGAAGAAAAUUAUAUUACGAAUUACACUAUAAACGAACACGAACACGAAUCGAAUUCAGGAAGUCGUCGUGGUUCACAGGGACCUGAACCUGAACCACCUCCACCGGAUGAAUCGAAUUUGAAAAGAGCAAUAAGUUGCGAAAGUGUUUGUUCAGAUACAAGCGUGGUAUUGAACGAUCUUGAGGAAACACCUGUCGUAGGAUACGUUUGCGUUGGUUUAGAACACGAAAGAUGGGGUGGACGUGGUACCGAUUCAGAAGGUGAUUUAGCAGUUAGCGUUCUUGAAGCUAGAGAACUCGUUGCACCUGAUGGUCAAGCAGCGCAAGAUACUUUCGCAAGGGUAUGUCUAUUACCCGAUAGACAAACGCACGUACAAACACGUUUAUACAGAAGUUCACCAUCGCCGAGUUAUCAAGAAAAAUUUUUAUUCCCGUUGGACGGUGGUCCAGCAGGAAGAACACUCCUGGUCGAGGUGUUUUCUGACGAAUCAAGUAUCGGCGGUGGUGCUUCACUUAUCGGCGAAGCUAGUUUAAGAUUAGGCCCAGCGCCAAGACCACCUGCUACCACCUGGCUACCAUUAACAGGACCUGCCUUACCUACGCCGCACUUGGGUGAACUUAUGUUCUCUCUGAGCUACUUGCCAACUGCGGAAAGGCUUACUUUGGUCGUAGUAAAAGCUAGUAAUUUACGUGGUUCUAACAACACUAUUCCUGGGGAUUUCUUUGUCAAGGUGUACCUGCUGCAACAAGGAAAAAAAUUGCACAAGAAAAAGACGUCGGUGAAAAAGGGAGAGAAGAGUCCUAUUUUCAACGAGGCAAUAAUAUUCAGUGUACCUGCUCAUGCUCUACAGACAAUUCAAUUGAGACUGACAGUAUCAGAGGUGCACAACGAACAAACCACAACCAACACUAGAACUAAUCCUAUAGGUCACGUUUUUGUUGGUUCCACUUCAGCUGGUAGAGCAUUAGCACAUUGGAGACAAAUGUUAACAGCACUGAGACGUCCAGUUGCUAUGUGGCAUCCAUUGAGAAAAUGAGAUCAGCUGGAAGUUGGGAGAAAGAAGGUGGAGGAGGAGGAGGAGGAGGAGGAGGAGGAAAAUAUACGAUGGAUAUAAAGAAGAUUAAUUUAAAUCAACAAGAGAAGAAGAAAAGAGAGAGAGAAACCGAACGUUAUAACAGGCAAGAGCAUAAUGUGCACACUAAUUAAUUAGAUUUUGAUUCAUUUAUAUUUACAUUAAAUGUCUCAAAUGUUUUUUUUUUUUUUUUACGCUAGAAUAUGUAUGUUUUUAAACAAUAUAACGUUUAGAAACAUACAAAAUAUUAUUAAUUUUCGUUUGAAAUUAUUCUUAUUGCAAUAUUAGAUCUAUAACAAUUUGUAUUGAAUUAUUUUAACAAAAUUAAGAUAACGAAAUUGAUUUACCGGGGUUAUAAUUAAAUAAUAUUUGAAAUUGUUAACAUAUAAUUUAUAAUAUAAUAUAUGAAUUUUUUGUUUCACACAUACUUAUAUAAUCUUAGGCUACGUUAGAGAAGAAAAGUAAAAGAAAAAAAAGAAAAAUUCGUCGAAUAUUUUGAUGUCCUUACAUUUGUAAUGUAAACACGGUUCAAGACUAAAAGAAAGUUUCUAUCGAGCAAAUUAAAAAUGAUAUACAUCGUAUGCACGUUGAUGAAAAAAAAAAAAUGAUUGAAUAAUUUGUUUAACGUAGGAUUUCAAGACCAUCGAUAUUUUUCCCCUUGACUCCUACUACCACUAAUUGAUCAAAAUACGACUGAUUGUGUGACGAAGUGUCGCGAAUAUAUGCUAGAAGACA